UUUUAUGUGAGAGGCACUUUCUUUGUGUCCGGAUUAAGAUGCGUACAACUGAACUGUACCUGUGUACUACAAUACAAUAUAUUUUUUAUGCAGAUGAAUGCCUGAUGAGCUAUGAGAAACUAGACAGAGCUUCGCCAGAUCUUUGGCCAGAACAGAUUCCCGGUGUAUCAGAAUUUGCUGCCAAAAGUCCACUGUCAAGUCCUCAGCCAACAUGGAUGUCAGAGUUACAAUCAGAAGAUAUUGGGCUUCUUCAAGAGUUUGGAAGUCUAACCACAUCACAGCUGAUAGACAAGAUAAGGGGUCUACAGAAUUUGGCUUACCAAUUAGGUCUUGAUGAAGCCAGGGAAAUGACUCGUGGAAAAUUUCUCAACAUCUUACAAAAGCAAAACAACAAACACUGACGCUGGAAAUGAAAUUUUUUAUUCAAUAUAACUUUUAUCAUCAUGGUAAUUUGAUGAUAAACAUUUUAUUUAAAGUUUCUGUGAGACAAAACAUGUAUAAUAGAGGUCUACCUGUUUUACUCCAGUAGGUAGCAUAUAAGAAUGAAGUCAGUUUAGCCAGAUAACUGAUCCUUCAAUAUGUUGUGUUCAUCCUUCUAGUUACGAUUCAUUGAACUUUUCAUGUCAUUUACCACCUCAAACAUUUGUUAAUAUUGUCUCUGCAAGCUUGUCAUUAUGUAUGCCUUCAAACAAUUUUCAAACACUGUUACAUUUAAAUCAUUGUUGUUUUUUUUUUCACCUGUAUUUGUGUUUGUGUUUUGGAAUUAUGGUUGAAGGCUUUGUUUUAUUGUUGUUGUUUUUUUUCGCUGCUUUAACAGCCAGGGAAAUACUGAGUCACCAUCUCCUCUCCUUGCAAUAAGUUUUAAAUUCUCUUUUUCAGGGGUGGGGAGUUUGGGGGUAAGAGAGACACAGACUGAUUUUUAUACAAAUAUGCUUUCUUCUAACAGCACAAACUUUUGACAUUUUCCACAAAACUUUAUAGUUAUCAAUAAUAAGCUCACAAAGGUUUUCUUUCUCCUUAAACUUAAUGUCCACUUGAGGAUAAUCCUAGCAAACUUUAUUUUGCAAUAUAAAAUCUAAUACCAUCCUUUCCAUUGUAAUAUUCAACAAAAUAAACAGUAAUAUCUGAUUGUCAAUAUUUUGAGUUUUAGAUUACCGUCGUCCUGAGCUUUGUAUUAUAUUAAGAUUAUAUCAUUGUGAAAGCAGUUUUAGAACUUUAAAUUGUAAUGGAUUUUUUGUUGUUGCUGAGGCUUGAUAAGGAAAUAUUUGCUUUGAGGAUUUAAAAUCCAAUGGCAAGUUUACUGAACACAAGUAAUAGUUUAGUAUAAUCUAUAGAAACGAUCUUAAAGAAACUGGAUUUUCAUGUACGGGUGUAAGCUACAUGUAUAUUGGGUUAUGUGGACUUGUAUCUAUGUAUUGAAAAGACUACAUUCUAGCUGUAAUUAUAUUGUCUUAUGUCAUUCUGUUAUUAAAUUCAAAAUAUUAAAAUUGCUA